AUGCCCCAGUUCGGCAAAGAGUUCCGCAAACAGCACUUCUUCCAACUCCCCGAUCAUGUGGUUCCCGUCAACAACGGUUCCUACGGCUUGCCGCCAAAAGAAAUCAUCGACCGAUUCCACGCUGCUUUCGACGAAGACGUUGCCUUCCCUGACGGCUUCUUACGUGUGCGCCAGCCAGUCCACUACAAGGAAGCCGUUCGCAGAGUGGCUCCAAUAUUGCAUACCGCUCCAGAGAACUUGGCUUUGCUUGAAAACGCUACCACUGGGCUCAAUGCCGUGUUCCACUCGUUGAACUUGCGAAAAGGGGAUAUUGUUGCCUUGCCUGUCACCACAUAUGGUGCUUGUCAGAAAAUCGUACAAUUUUACCACGAUUACAGAGGCGUAGAGCUCCAGUUGGUAGAGGUAGCGUAUCCUGUGCUGGACGCAGAAUUGGUUGCAAAAUUUCGCAAGGUGUUUGAGACGCACAAGGUGAAGGUGGCUCUCUUCGAUACAGUGGUGUCGAUGCCGGGAGUGAAGGUGCCCUGGGAACAGUUGGUUGCGUUGUGCAAGAAUUUUGGGGUUAUAUCUGUUGUGGAUGCUGCUCACGGCAUUGGACUUGUCCCCCUUGACCUUGACAAGGCCAAACCCGACUUCCUCUGCACCAACUUGCACAAGUGGUUCUAUGUGCCUCGAGGAUGUGCACUUCUCUAUGUUGAUCCUCAGUACCACCGAACAAUCCAGUCGCUUCCUGUGGCAGAGCUGUACGUGGCGCCCGACGCCGAACUUCCAGGCGACGAUGAGAACAACAUCCUCUAUCGCAAGUUCUUGUGGACCGCGCUGCGCAACUUUGCUCCUCUCAUGUGUGUCAGUGCCGCCAUCAAGUUCAGGGAGGAGACGUGCGGCGGCGAUGAGGCCAUCUUAAACUACUGCUACAAGUUGGCUCGUGAAGCUGGCGAAGUAGUAAAAAGUAAAUGGCCCGGCGCACAGAUUGUGGAGAACGAGGAAGGAACACUUUCCAACGCCAUGUUGUCGUUUUUUGUACCCAUUGAGGAGUACAGCAACACUUUUGAUGCAACCGAUCGAGAUGCCUUGGCCCGUUUGGUCACCUUUAAUCUGGAUUGGCAAUUGGCCCACAAGCACACCUUCAUCCCCAUUGCUGGCCAUGCGGGUAAGAUCGUAGCAAGAGUGUCUGCCAAUGUUUUCAACGAGCUCGACGACUACAGGUAUGCCUGUGACGCUCUCGAUGGGGCGCUCAAGGCGUUUUUUCAGUGA